UCAGUUUGCUUUCGUUGAUCGUGGAGGAAGGUUGGUAACGGUGCGCCAUCUGGUGGAUCGUACCAGUUUUAACGCACGUUGCGAUUCUUCCUCUCGAUAUAUUCGAGAUCACGAUCGAUCUUCCAUUUUCCAGAGGCAACGACGUGGUGAACGUAGUCGUGGAUUACCGUGUGCCAACGACACAGUGUGUGAAUGUGAUCGUGAUACGAAUGAAGAUCAGUUAGUGACUAAGAAGUGCACUCUACUGUGAGUAAAGUGUCAAAUGCCAGCGGAUCAUGAAUACGAUGAUACGAAACUGGAUUCUCUGCACCCUUUUUCUACUGGGAUACAUUCAAGAAUGUUGGCAGCUGGUAAUAAAAUCCAAGAACAUACCAUCAAUGGUGAAAGCCAAGGACACCGAUUACGUGAUCCUGGACUGCGACUACGAUCUCGAGGACACGCCGAGCAAGGGAUUAGUCGUAAAAUGGUUCUUCAACGCCAACGAAGUGGCUUACCAAUGGAUAUACGGUAGGGACCCUUUGGCCGGGGACAUCACGCGGAAGUACGUCGACCUGAAGUACAAAGCCAGCGACGAUCCGUACACCACGUAUCGAGCCAUGAAAUUGAAUAAGCCCGGUAUCGAUCUUACUGGCGAGUACAAGUGCGUCAUAUCCACUUAUGCGGAUGAGCAGUCCGCGAGUUCCUCCAUGGUUGUGUAUUCAACGGAGGACAAAUUCGAACUUCUAUAUAAAAAGAAAACUAUAGAUGAUAAGGAUGGAGUAGAGAUAACAUGCAUAGCAGAAGGGUUAUAUCCAAUACCCACUCUGGAUAUAUCUAUCGAGGGUGUCCUGGAAAAACAAGCAGCAAAGCCCACCGUUACGCUGCGUGCCGAUGGACUGUACAAUAUCUUAUCACGGACGGCCUUACUGGACGAAGAUUUACCGGAAACAGCGAUUGUCAAAUGCUUGCUCGGUAUACCAAAGGUGAACUACAAUGUUUCCCGCAAAACCGUCUACUAUCCCGGACCGCCUACUACUACUUCAACCGCUACAACGAAGCUGCUGCAAAAAAUGGAGAUCCAAGCGCUAGACAAGUCAGAGCCUGGCAAUGGUGGUGGAAAUUUAGCUGGUCGAUUGUCAAUUAACGUCCUCCUAGUUGUAAUACAUCUGGUACUAAUCAACAUGUUUAAUUGAUCGUUUAAUCAUUAGGUCACCGCCUAAAACGAAAUUUGAAACGACUUGCGAAUAUGUACGUUUAAAAAUCCAUCAUUUCAAUUUAUCAUCAGUACGCCUAAAAUACUUAUCAACAGACGGUGUGCCCAUUUUUAAUGUUGUUUCACAAAAUGCGAUAAAGUCAAGUGUCGAACGUUGAACAUCGAUCAAUAUUCACAUUCAUUGUUCACAUUAUGAAAUUUUGUUUAUAAUUAUACAUACAUAUACACAUUUAAAUACAUCAAUUAACAAGAAUAACAUAGAUAUAUCAUAACGCUGUUUAUAGAAUAUUAUUCACAAUGAAAUCUUAAUUUAUCGUAACGUUUAGCGUGGAUACGAUUUAAGAAAAAAAACCAAAGAUACAGAGAUCGCAAAUCAGAAAGUAAAAGAAAAAGAAAAAUUUUUGCAUGACGUUUUUGUAAAUAACGUUCGAGAUUUGAUCAUAUUAUACUUCGAAUUAUAUUGUAGAUUGUAUUUGUUACUCUUCGUGUUAAAUCAGAUUCAUAAUAUAUUGAAUAAAAUGUAUGGAACUUUAAAUAGGAUAUACAGCAGAUAAGAUAUAUAUAUAUAUAUAUAUAUAUGAAAAUGAUAUGAUGAAACAAGACACACAGAAAAAAAAAGAAUAAGAUCGAGGUAAAUAUAUAUUGAUUAUACGUAAUUUGAAUGUGUAAUUAUUUUAAUAUGUGUAAAUAGCUACGACAAUAUGCGGUAUUGAAAUGCGAACAAAAAUUAUAAUGAAUAUUUAAGAAAAAAUUAUAAUGAAUAUUUAAGAAAAAAAACAAUAUAAAGUGAUAACAUCCUUGCUCGAGAAAACGAAUUGUACAGUUUCUGCGGCGAUAUUACGAACAAUUUAUUAUUGUACAUGUUAUUCCCAAUUGCGAAACAUGACAAUUAUCUGUAACUAUAUAAUAAUGCAAGAGAUAUUUUAAUGGAGAAAAAAUAAUUAAGAUUAUUUCGAUAUGUCAGAACGAUAUUACGCUAGUAAAGUUGCAUUAUGGUAUCAUCAGUUUAAUUUUUCAAUCAAUUAUAAUUAAAAAAACUUGGAAAGUUCA